CAGUCCAACACUCAGCAGCAUCAUGGCACCUAUCGGAUUAAAGGCGGUGGUCGGCGAAAAGAUUAUGAAUGAGGUAAUCAAGAAGGUGAAGAAGAAGGGAGAAUGGAAGGCGCUGAUCGUGGACCAGCUGAGCAUGAGGAUGCUGUCGUCCUGCUGCAAGAUGACAGACAUCAUGACGGAGGGCAUCACCAUCGUGGAGGACAUCAUGAAGCGACGAGAGCCUCUUCCCAGCCUGGAGGCCAUUUACCUGAUUACACCCACAGAGAAGUCGGUCCAGACCCUCAUCGCAGACUUCAAAGACCCUCACUCGGCCAAAUACAGGGCAGCCCAUGUUUUCUUCACCGAUUCCUGUCCUGACCCGCUCUUCAACGAGCUGACGAAGAGCCGCGCUUCCAAAUACAUCAAGACUCUGACGGAGAUCAACAUCGCCUUCUUGCCCUACGAGUCUCAGGUGUACUCUCUGGACAACCCCGAUGCCUUCCACAGCUUCUACAGCCCCCACAAGACCCAGCUGAAGAACUCUGUGAUGGAGCGGCUGGCGGAGCAGCUGGCCACGCUCUGCGCCACCCUGAAGGAGUACCCCGCCGUCCGAUACCGCGGCGAGUACAAGGACAACGCCAUCCUGGCCCAGCUGGUGCAGGACAAACUGGACGCCUACAAGGCGGAUGACCCCACUAUGGGAGAGGGUCCAGACAAAGCUCGCUCACAGCUCAUCAUCCUGGACCGGGCGUUCGAUCCCGUCUCUCCCAUCCUGCACGAGCUCACCUUCCAGGCCAUGGGCUACGACCUGCUGCCCAUCGAGAACGACGUCUACAAGUAUGAGACCAGCGGCAUCGGAGACUCCCGUGAGAAGGAGGUCCUGCUGCAUGAAGACGAUGACCUGUGGGUGAGCCUGAGACACAAACACAUAGCCGAGGUGUCCCAGGAGGUGACCCGUCAGCUCAAGGACUUUUCUGCCAGCAAGAGGAUGAACACUGGGGAGAAGACUACCAUGAGGGACCUGUCCCAGAUGCUCAAGAAGAUGCCCCAGUACCAGAAGGAGCUCAGCAAGUACUCCACUCAUCUGCAGCUGGCUGAGGACUGCAUGAAGCACUACCAGGGAACGGUGGACAAGCUGUGCCGCGUGGAACAGGAUCUGGCGAUGGGCACGGACGCCGAGGGAGAGAAGAUCAAAGACCCCAUGAGGGCCAUCGUUCCCAUCCUGCUGGACGCCAACGUCACCACGUACGACAAGAUCCGCAUCAUCCUGCUCUACAUCUUCCUGAAGAACGGCAUCACGGAGGAGAACCUGAACAAGCUGAUCCAACACGCUCAGAUCCCCCCUGAGGACAGCGAGAUCAUCACCAACAUGGCCAACCUGGGCGUGCCCAUCGUCACCGACUCCACCCUGCGCCGAGGAAAGAAGCUGGACAGGAAGGAGCGCGUGAGCGAGCAGACCUACCAGCUGUCCCGCUGGACGCCGCUGGUCAAGGACAUCAUGGAGGAUGCCAUUGAAGACAAGCUGGACACCAAGCACUACCCGUACAUCUCCACCCGCUCCUCCGCCUCCUUCAGCACCACCGCAGUCAGCGCUCGGUACGGCCACUGGCACAAGAAUAAGACUCCCGGGGAGUACCGCACGGGGCCGCGCGUCAUGGUCUUCAUCAUCGGCGGCGCGUCCUUCAGCGAGAUGCGCUGCGCUUAUGAGGUCACGCAGGCCAAUGGGAAGUGGGAGGCGGUCAUCGGAUCGACCCACAUCUUCACGCCCACCAGCCUGCUGAAGCAGCUCAAGGCCAUGAACAAACCAGAAGAGGAAGUCACAAGCUAAAAUCCUCCAAUCACAUCUCUCUCUCUCUCUCCUCUUCACCUUAAACCCCGCCCCCUUUACCUUAAACCACGCCCCCUUUCCAUCCUCCCUCUGUGUCCCGCCCCCUACACGUGUCUGCAUCCUGCUAGAGAAGAAAAAGACAUCUUAGAUGAUAACAAAAAUUAUAUAUAUAUAUAUAUAUAUAGGAUGUAUCAAAGAAUAACAUUGUUGCAAGUAUUCCCACGUUUUACAAUGGAUGCAACUAAAUGAACUAAUAAUAAGAAUAAAAAGGUUUAAAUAUCUGAACAGAAGGCCAUUUAAAAAGUACCAAAAUGUAAAACUGUAUGCUAUGACACCUGUGCAAAAGAGGUGGACAUGUUCUCUUGUUUGUUCCUUUGAGUUUCCCCCUCGGUGCGAGGCGAGUAGGGAUGUGCAGUUUGAGAGGUUGAUCUUGUAAAAUGUAUCAUAAGUCGGUCAUAAUGCAAUCCCCCCCUCCCCCCCCUGCCCGUUUGAGAUGUUCGUAUACAGUAGCAUGCUUGGACUCGUGGACUGUUAAUGUGUGUGUAUCCAUUGUGGACGUUCUGGAAGCCGCAGAGUUAGCACUUAGCUUUUUUCCCCCCGUAAAGAGCUUGAAUACUUCAACAAACUUGUUGUUUAGAGUAUAAAUACACGCUUUGGAACCACCGCUGCUCGUUGGGUUGAACUAUGGCGCCGUGUCAUGACUAAACAUGUUGGGAUAUCUCGGUGUAUACAUGAGAAUAUACCUUUAACAACAUAAUAGUUUGAUUAAAGAAUAAAUAUUUAUAUAUAGGUUUAUUCUUUUACUCAAACUGUUUAAAUGAACAUAUGAAUAUAACACAUUCCAUGACUUUUCCAAAACUUUUCGGAUUACUUUUCUUUUUUUUCCAAGGACUUUUCCAGGCCCGGAAAUAAACAUUUUAAAAUUCCACGACUUUCCCAGUUUCCCAGGACUUUAAACCAAAUUUCCAUUUGGUGAAAUCUCUGUAUUUACAUGAGUAUAUACCUUAAAUGACACAUAGAAUACAUAUUUAUAUAAAGAUUUAUUCUUUUAAUCAAACUGCAUCACUGAACAUGUGAAUAGAACUAAUUUCCAGGAGUUUAAUUUUCUUUCCAGGCCUGGAAAUAAACAUUUUGAAUUUACAUGACUUUUACAGGUUUUCCAUGACUGUACGAGAAUAUAUAUAUAUAUGUGUAUAUAUAUACACAUAUAUAUAUAUAUAAAUGGGGUGCAUGGAAUAUUCGUCAGUAUGCAAAAGGAACAAAAAAUAAAUAAAAAAACAGCGGUUCAGAUAAUUUAUUCACAUUUUUUUGUGUUAACUAACAUGUAAUCUAGCCACGCCCCCUUGACACACCCACAAAGCCAGAAAAAUGAGCGUCUCAUACUCAAAAAAAUACAUUUGUUGAAAUAUUCGUGAAAAAAAAACAGAAGAAAGAAGAAGAAACCCCGCUUGUUUGAGUAGACAUUGAAAGAGUAAAGAACCAGAACCAGAACCAGAACUCACCCCUCCUCUGCCUGCCAGACUGUAAAGUAUUUACUUGCCACGUCCUUUUUUCCUUUCCUCGGAGAAAACUUCACGUUUUAAAUGUCGAAAAAUGCUUGCUGAUAUUUAAUGAAUAAUCCUAAAAAAAGGGCCAGUUGUAUUUCAGUAUUGUAUCCUGUCAGAUUUAAAGUCUUAUCAUUGGUUAGUAACGAUGUUUAAUUGGGCCAUGCACUGAGUAGUGUUGUGUGUGUGUGUGUGUGUGUGUGCCAUAUUGUUGCCGUUUUUAGCGUCUCACUGUUGAUUGGUGAUAUUUCUGUGACGUAGUGAAACUUUUUCCUUUUUUCCAAAUGUGUCGAUGUGAAGCCGCCGUGUUUGUGACGUUUUAGCCGUAGCUGUUAGCGCUCAACUGGGAAAACAAACUUAAUAUCUAUACUUUCUUUGCCCGUUUUUUCCUCUGGUGCAACGUCAAAACCCUCCGAUUGUGAAUAGCUUUGCAAAAAAAUAGACUCUUCUUUCAUUUAUUUCUUUAUUUCCUCCCUCCUUUCCCAGCCAAACAAGUUGUAAAUUGCACUAAUGCGUUUUCUGUGAUGCAAACGCUUGACUGUGUUCAUUUUGUAUUGUUAUGAUUUGCUGUUGUAUAGGGUUUACUCUGUCAAAUUGAUUUAUAUAAACAUUAUUUAUCAGAGGAAAAAAAUAAUAGUGAUGCAUUAGUCUGUCCUAAAACUGUUUAACUUAUUGGGAUUGUAUGUUUGCGAGUGUUGAAGCACAAACAAUACUUCCAUGUGUACUGAAUAUGUACUAAGGCUGUCUAAUAAAUUGGCUUCCAUUACA